AUGGGCGCCUCUGUAUGUCAUGGCGACUCCUUCUGCGGCCUUGGAGGUUCAGGCACCGCGGCAAACGCGGAGAUGAGGCCACGGUCGCGGAAGGAGCCAUACGACACCUCGGGGACUCCAAAGGCGGAGCCUGGGCUCUUCGGGGCGGACGGCGCAGACACCGCCCCGAGCUCCGUGCGCCUGAGAGACGGGCACCAGCGCGGGCUUGCGGCCACUGGCCAACAGAGCGCGGAGCCGCCGGAUGCGAGGGGUGCGCCCGACGCCGAGUCCCCCACCGACAGCGGGGAGUCCUUAGCUGCCAACUACUUCCUGCGGGAGGCGGGAGAACUGCAAAGCAUCCAGCACUUUGGCGGUGGCCCGUUGCUGCGGUCAAGAAAGAGACACGUGUUCAAGACCGGUGCAGUGUACGACGGGCAGUGGCUCGGCAACGCGCGGGACGGCUUCGGCAAGCAGACCUGGCCCGACGGUGCGGAGUACAUCGGAGAGUGGCAGAACAACGUGGUGCUGCCGCCUCAGUGUGUCCUUGUCUUUUGCCACGGUGUGGGUGUGUCUUAA